CACCUGCUCGACUCCUUCAUUCAAGUGACACCAGAGCUUCCAGGGAUAUUUGAGGCACCAUCCCUGCCACUGCCCGGCACUCGCGGCGCUGCUAACGGCUGGUCACAUGCUCUUUGGAGAGCUACGGGAGGGCGCUGGGUAACCUCUAUCAGAGCCGCGGCUGCGAGGAGGAGGGAAAAGGCGAGCGAAGAGGAAGAGUGGGAGGAGGAGGGGAAGCGGCGGAGGAGGAAGAGGAGGAGGGGAGCACAAAGAAUCCAGGUCUCCCGGCGGGAGGUUUAUACCAAGAACCAUGUGUGCCGAGCGGCUGGGCCAGUUCGUGACCCUGGCUUUGGUGUUAGCCACCUUCGACCCGGCGCGAGGGACCGAUGCCACCAACCCACCCGAAGGUCCCCAAGACAGGGGCUCCCAGCAGAAAGGCCGCCUGUCCCUGCAGAACACAGCGGAGAUCCAGCACUGUUUGGUCAAUGCAGGUGAUGUAGGGUGUGGCGUUUUUGAAUGUUUCGAGAACAACUCUUGUGAGAUUCGGGGCUUACAUGGAAUUUGCAUGACUUUUCUGCACAACGCUGGAAAAUUUGAUGCCCAGGGCAAGUCAUUCAUCAAGGAUGCCUUGAAGUGUAAAGCCCACGCUCUGCGGCACAGGUUCGGCUGCAUAAGCCGGAAGUGCCCUGCCAUCAAGGAAAUGGUGUUCCAGUUGCAGCGGGAAUGCUAUCUCAAGCAUGAUCUGUGCGCAGCUGCGCAGGAGAACAUCCGGGUCAUAGUGGAGAUGAUCCACUUCAAAGACUUACUGCUGCACGAACCCUACGUGGACCUGGUGAAUCUGCUGCUUACCUGUGGGGAGGAGGUGAAGGAGGCCAUCACCCACAGCAUGCAGACUCAGUGUGAGCAGAACUGGGGGGGCCUAUGUUCCAUCCUGAGCUUCUGCACCUCAGCCAUCCACAGGCCCCCCACAGUGCCUCCUGAGCACCAGCUCCAGAUGGACAGAGCCAGACUCUCCCGGGCCCACCAUGGGGAAGCAAAUUACCACUUCUCAGAGCCCAGCAGCAGGGAGAACAGCCGAGGUGCCAAGGGCGAGCGUGGGAGUAAGGGUCACUCUCAUGCCCGGGGCAGAGCUGGGGGCCACGGGACCCAGGGACCUUCUGGAAGCAGUGAGUGGGAGGACGAACAAUCGGAGUAUUCUGAUAUCCGGAGGUGAAAUGAAAGGCCCAGCCACGAAAACUUUCCUCCACGACGUCCAUUUUCUUAUCUAUGGACAUUCCAAAACAUUUACCAUUAAAGAGGGGGAUGUCACAGGCAGGAUUUUGUGGGGAAUGUGGACUUCGUGAAGGUGUAUGAGCAGGUGAGACAGCUCCUCAGGCAGAGAGGUCUGAGAGGUGCCUAGGGAAUCAGGCAUUCACGCAUACUCAAGGGAACCCCCACAUCCUCCUUGUAACUUCGUCUUCUUUCCAUCCAUGGAGCCAGUGGGUGGUGGGCGCGUGGUGCAUUCUGUCAUGGGGGAGGUGAGGCAGGGAGGGGAGAUCAGGUGGCUACUUGGGCUGGACCACAUUACGGGUGCUAGGCUCUACCCACAGCUCCUGGUGCUGUCUUCACAGAAGGCAGGCAUGUGGUUUCCAGGAGUGAACGGAAAGGUGGCGAGCAAUGCAGGGGCAGGGUGGCAAGGAGGCAGGGGCCACAGCGGGGCUCGGUGCCAAGUUUCCUACAUGGGACCUUGUGUUUCAGAGCUGCUUGAGGGGGUGGGGGAGUGUAAUUUCUAUGUGUAAUUUCUGAGCCAUUGUUCUGUCUAGGGGACACCCACCUGAGGGAUUGGCCCCUGUGUGUUUAUAUUUUAACCACUGCUUCAAAUCUUGAUUUCACUUUUUUAUUUAUCCAGUGACAUCUACGUAUCUGUCAUCUAAAUAAAUGGCUUUCAAACAAAGCAACUGGGUCAUUAAAACCAGCUUAAAGGGGGAGGAUAAACAACCCCAGCCCAUCCUUUGCAAGUGAAUUUUUUGUGAGUGCAGUUUUAAAAGGAAUCAAACAGCACUAUAUUGACAUGGGCUCAUACCCACCUGGGACAAACCUCCUAAUUGGAGGAAAAUGCACACAUGGAGAGUCUGUUUGACAGAUUCCUUUAGAAUGUUGCUAUCUCACCUUGACCCUUAGCAAAGAUCCACAGAGCAUUGGGCCCACAUGUGAUCUUGUGCAGCCAAGCAGGAAACCUGGCUCCUGUGUGCUGAAGGACAGAAAAGGGGAGAAGAGAAUGAAGACUGCUAAGUAAUUCCCAUCAAGGAAUGCUAACCUUUAGCAUAAAUGGAGGGACUGCUGCAAAUCUCUAAGGGACAAGACUUUCCAGAUCCUAAUGGAAUAUUUAGCAAUGAGAAGGGAAGUCAAAGUGGACAAAAGAAAGGCAGAGGAAAAGAUGGAACUAAAAUACAAGGCAGAAAGGGCAAGCCUUAUGAUAGAAAAUCUAUAAAAGCGAGUUUCUUGCAGUUACUGUGAGCUUCUCAUUGAUAAGCACUUUCUUCCUAAUGGCUUUGAAUUAAAGCUUCUUGCUACAGCCAAAGCUCGAAUAGGAGUCAGUAUUUUCAGGAGUGGAGAGAUGUCCUAGGCUGGAUCCUUCUAGAACAAAGGUCAGCAAACUUUCUGCAAAGGGCUAGAUAGUAAAUACACUGUUGUCAGUUUGGCGGGCAAUUUGGUAUCUGUUGCAGCUAGUCUACUCUGCCUUUGUACCCCAAAAGCAGCCCCAGACACGUAAAGGAAAGGGCUUGGCUCUCUUCCAGUAAAAUCUUAUUUAACAAUCCCCCAGCUGAAUAUGAGUCCCAGGCCAGAGUUUGUUGAGCAUAGUUCUAGGGAGUAAGCCAAAAAAUAUGCAUCCUCCCUUAUCUUGACAGACAUUCGUUAGCUCUCCCUCAAGCAACCAGAGACCAGGAACAGAAGCUAAAUUUUUCUACUGUUAAAUGAUCUGCUCUACGGAAUACCUUCACCCCAAACACAACUGGUGUUUAUAUUCCCCAACUCCGUCUCAUAGGCCAUGUGAGAAAGCUAUCGUUAGGUGGGGUGGGUCAGCAACUCACCAGGAAAAGCACCCAGACUGAGCUGGGACUGCAAAGAACAGAGGAUCCAUGUGUCUAACCCAGCUCUGCCCUGGAAGGAAGGAGGCAAGGCCAGGCUCUGCCAUAGGAACCGAACAUAAACAUGGUUUUCUCAUGCCACAGGCCACUGCAGCACGUUGACUGUUUUUCCUUACGUCACUCAAAAGCUGAAGCAAUAACAUUCUCCCGCGUUGCUGGGUCAGCUGUUCAU